UGACCAUGACGGGCCACCAGAUCCAUCCAGGAUGGCUGUUCACAUCGCCUUCAACACGAAAACAGUCAAGAUCCUGGAUGCUCAUCUGUCUGUCUUAUCUGCUGUUGUGUGUGGCUGCUGUCGGUGCGCACCUCCGGCAGGCGGGCCAGACGGUGGUGGAUCUGAGCGUGGCUGAGCUGCGGCACCACAUGGAGGUGUGGUCAGAAGACCUGGUGGUCUUCUUCUAUGCACCCUGGAGCAGCGAUUGCAAGUGAGCACUCAUCGCCUGCAGGGCAGACACACACACAAGUGACUCACAGAUAGAAAGACAACCAGACAUUCAGUCAGGUUCCAUAACUUACUGAAUGGCCUGUUUGUCGGGGUGUGGUGUGCGUGUUGUCUGUCUGUGUGCGGUGCAAGCAGGCGUCUUGCCCCCCUGACCGAGAGUCUGGGUCGUUUCUACGUGGAGCGAAGGGUCAAGGACAUCCGUGUGGCCAAGUUCAACUGCGUGGCGUCCAAGACCCACCGGGAGCUGUGUGACGGGCUGGGCAUCCAGUCGCUCCCCACCUUCCUCUUCUUCGCCAGCGGCAAGAUGCGCAGCUUCAACCGCACCAGCACCCUCCUCGCCGAGCGGGACGUCAAGCACCAUCGGGCGUCCAAGUGAGCGCCUCUCUCUCUGAGCGGCGGGGUCUCGCGCUGUGGACACACUCUCCCAACCUGCGCUGUGUGUGUGUGUGCGUGUGUCAGAUUUCGCGGCGAUCCGUACAUCUAUGAGAGUUUGCGUGACUGGACGCGCAUCAUGAGGUGGCUGUCCUUGGGGCAGCGGUGGGCGAGGUACGUCAAGCAGACCACGUCGGAUGUGCUGGGCGGGCGGACACUGAUAGCCGAGAACGCCAGGCUGCGGGCGGAGAAGAAGAGGCUGCUCAAGAGGCUGGAGGCCUGGGGGGACACUGAACCAUCUUCUGCAUGACCAGCCGGGAUGACUGACGAAGGACGGACGGACGGGCGGACGGGUCGUCGAGCAUGGAUGGAUGAACGGAUGGAUGGAUGGAUGAGUAGAUGAGCAUGUGGUCGGCGUGGGAUCUGGUGGGGGAUGAAAUGUCAUGGCUGGCCAGCCACUGUAGGCCACUGUGUUAGUGGAAAGACGAUGUGACUGCCUGGCUGGCUAGCCACUGCCAUUGUGUCGGUGAAAGACGAUGUGAAC